CACAAGUGACAGCGCUCGGUCAGUUGGCCCCAGAAGUGUGUGAGCAAUGGGUCUCCGCUCGACGCUGGUCCGGCGAUGUCAACUGCUGAUCGUCUUGCUCGCCCUGUCCCUGCUCAUGACCGCGAUUCCGCACCACCAGAUAUUCGCGAGCCUCAACGAGCUGCUGUGGAAGCACGCGGGACGUUUGCCGCAGCCCAGCGUCAACGCGUUUGCAGGUGGUGACGGUGGCGACGUGGGAGUCGAUGGUGGUGGUGGUGGUGCCGAUGAUGAUGAUCGACGUGCUUUUGACGUCGGCCAAUUGCACGCCGUUCGUGGCGACAGCGGCAGGGAACCGUCGGCGAACAUCCCCGAGUUUCGGUACCUGCUCAACGAGCCCGACACGUGCCGGCCUCGCGCACCCUUCCUCGUCGUCCUCGUCGCGUCCGAGCCCACCGAGUUCGAGGCCCGCGACGCCAUCCGCGAGACGUGGGCCAGCGAGAGCGUGGCGCUGCGCGGCGUCUCCUUCAGGCGCCUCUUCCUCCUCGGCACCGCGAGCCCCGCGAGCGACGCGCAGCGGCGCAUCGAGGAGGAGAGCCGACGGCACGGAGAUCUCAUCCAGCAGAACUUCACGGACGCCUACCACAACCUGACGCUCAAGACGCUGAUGGGCCUCCACUGGGUGUCCGUGCACUGCCCGCACGCCUCGUACGUCAUGAAGACGGACAGCGACAUGUUCGUGAACUUGGAGGUCCUCGUCAAAGCUGUCCUCGAGCAGCAGGUGAACGAGGGGCAUCAGCAGCAGCAGCAGGAGGAGGAGCAGGGGGGUGAGAUUACGCAGCAUGGGCGAGUUCCACGUCCCGACUACUUCACGGGCUACGUGAUGCGCGGGUUCCUGCCGAACCGCAACCCCGAGAGCAAGUGGUACAUGUCCGAGGACGUGUACCCGGGGGCAAGCUACCCGACGUUCUGCUCGGGCACAGGCUACGUGAUGUCGGCCCCGUUGGCCACUCGUCUCUACCGCGCGUCCCUCGCGAUCCCACGGCUCCGGCUGGAGGACGUCUACGUGGGUGUGUGCCUGGACAGCCUGGGCGUGGAGCCCGUGUUCCCACCGUACGAAUUCCACUUCAAUCACUGGCGGGUGUCCUACUCGCCGUGCCAGUACAGCCGCAUCGUGACCUCGCACGCGUUCUCGCCGAGUGAGCUGCGACACUAUUGGCGUGACCUGCAGCGGCACCGGGACGAGCCGUGCGGGUAGCGCGGCGGGGUGGGGUUGGAGGUGGCCUGGCUGGGCUGGGCUGGGCUGCGUGGGCACUGGAGUAGAGUAAUUUUUAAAUCCUUUAUAUUAAGUUCGCUUGCGUGCUUGCUUGCUUGCUUACGACCGUGUAAAUUUUCGGUCGUUUUUUAACCCACUUUCCGUGAUCCAAUCGAGUUGACAUUUUGCACAAAGACUCGUUGUGCGUGACAAUUAAUGUUCGUGAAAAAAAAUCCUAAAUUUUACACUUUUUAGGACAAAAAUAUUAUAUUUAAUUACCAAUUUCUUAAUGCUGCGAUGCAAUCAUCUGACCCAUAGGUGGCAGCCAUCUCAAGCCAGAGAACGAGAGGACUCUAGCCGCCACGCAUAUAAAGGAUGUAUAGUGAAAAACUUUGUUUUUACUGGUUAUACUUAUUAAAUGAUGAUAAGGUAUCGCUGAGUUGAUCAGGGUGGCUGUGAGCUCGAGAUUACAUUGUGGUUGGUUUUAUUUUUAACGACAAUUUGCGGUUUGCAGAGCACAGGCUCAAAAGUCUGAAAUGACAAGAUAACACUGUAUUCUUGGUUCUUUCGGUAAAGUCACGUAUAAGGGAAAUAAUGAAAUAAAAUAAUACAAAUUUAACAUACUAUAAUCAUGUUUUAUUUUUAUUUUUUGAUUAUGUCCCUUCUACGUGACUUUACCGAAAGAACCAAGAACAUGAAUCCCUGCAGUCAUAAGAGCUUUAAAUCGAAAAAUAGCACGAUUGAAUGUACAAUAAUAACCAGGAAUUAAUGCGUGUCUUGAAUCGAGAGCAAUGGUAGGGAGACGGAGAUUAUAGUCGGUGUGAACUCGGGCUCGAUGGGGUGGGCCGGGGGCUUGAAGUUAAUACUGCAGUGGCAGCGGUCUCGCGACUGACUAUUGCUAUGCCGCACAACGUGGUUGACAGCCAUUGGCCCCGGUACAACUAAUAACUAAACGCCCCCCCCCCUACCCCCCAUCUACUUCCCCAUUUACAAAGACAAAUAUCCCCC